AUGGCUCCCACAACCAAGGAAUCGCCCGCCUUCGACCCGAAAGACGUUACUGUCGUCUUCGUCCUCGGUGGCCCCGGCGCAGGAAAGGGCACCCAAUGCGCCAAGCUCGUCUCCGGCCAUGGUUUCAGCCAUCUCUCUGCGGGCGACCUUCUCCGCGCCGAACAGCAACGUGAGGGUUCAGAGUACGGCGACCUGAUCCGCGAAUAUAUCAAGGAUGGAAAGAUUGUACCCUCGGAGGUUACAAUCAACCUCCUCAAGAACGCCAUGCGAGAUAUCUUGACCCAAACUGGCAAGGCCACCGGCCGCUUCCUGAUCGACGGCUUCCCUCGCAAGAUGGACCAGGCCCACUCAUUCGAGGAGAUCGUCUGCCCCGCCAAGCUCGUACUCUUCUUCGACUGCCCCGAGAACGUCAUGGAGGAGCGUCUGCUCGAGCGCGGCAAGACGAGUGGCCGAUCCGACGACAACGCCGACAGCAUUCGCAAGCGGUUCAAGACGUUCGUCGAGACGAGCAUGCCCGUCAUUGACUACUACGAGAAGGAGGGCAAGGUCGUCAAGAUUGAUGCUACACAAAGCCCCGAUGCGGUCUACGCAAAGACUGAGGAGCUCCUCUCUCAAAGACUCGGUGCGGGGUUUUAA